AUGUAUAAUUACUCGACUAACAUGGCUUCAAACAAUCUGACUAAUAUGAAAAUGGGUCGUUCAAAUAGUCAUGAUUCUAUUGUGGAUAGUCUAAAUCCUACUUCGAAACUCUUACAUUCGAAACCAUCAAAUAAAGGCGCUGGUGAAAGUUUUGGAAUUAAAGACGAUUCAUCUGUAUCAUCAUCGAAUGAAAAUGUACCAAUGUCAAAUGUGGUGCAUUCCGCUUUUCUAAGCACUCAAGGAGCUAUGUCGAAUCAGUCAGGAAAAAUCUUUCGACAACCACAACCUGAGCCACCCACAAUACAACAUGCACACGAACUACAAUUGCCUAUCAAAUUAUUGAAAGGAGAAGAAGAAAUAAAGCUACGUGAAGAUGUUACGUACAGAAUAAACAACCGGACAACUUAUCGUGGUGAACUGGUUUUAACAAAAUAUCGACUAAUGUUUGUCACGAAAGCACCGGAUCAAGUUCAGGUAUUAGUCGAUGUACCACUGGGAAUGAUUAGUCAGAUAGAAAAAGUUGGGGGACAAGCACGAAGUAAUAUUGGUGACGUGCCUUAUGGAAUCGAAAUCAAUUGCAAAGACCUGCGAUGUUAUUUUUUUGAUAACGCAAAAGGGCAAAAUCAGCGACGAAAUUUACUUGAACAUUUAACACGUCUGGUAUUUCCAAUUUCGAUCAAUAAAACAGACGUAACAAAUCCUGUUCAGUUUUUCAGUUUAUUUUUUGCGUCAGAUUUCAAAAAGAAAAUGUGCCCAAAUGCUAUUGAUGAAGGAUGGACUCUGUACAAUAAAAUGAAAGACUAUACAAGAAUGCAAAACUGUGAUCCACAUUGGACAAUCAAUGCCGAUAUAAACAAAGGUUACGCAUUAUGUGACACGUAUCCUGAUAUACUAGUUCUUCCAUCCAAUUUUGAUGCAUCUCGACUGUCACGUGUAGCAGAAUUUCGUAGUCGAACACGAAUACCGGUGCUUAGUUGGUAUAGUCGAGAAACAUAUGCAACAAUAACUCGUUCUAGCCAACCGUUAACUGGUUUAGCGAAUAAAUCAUGUGAAGAUGAUAUUGACUUAUUGCGUAAAAUAGCAGACGCGAAUGUAAAUCAGGGACCAAAAUUAUUGAUAUUAGAUGCUCGUCCAAAGGUAAAUGCAAUGGCAAACAUGGCAAAUGGUGGUGGCUACGAAGAUUAUCCAAAUUGUGAAUUAGAAUUUCAUAAUAUACAAAAUAUACAUGUUAUGCGAGAAAGUUUAAGAAAAUUGCAAGCCAGUUUACGUACGGCUGCUCAUGAUGAUAAAACAUGGUUUAGUGAUUUAGAAAAUUCAAAUUGGUUAUUUCAUAUAAAGGCCAUAUUAACUGGUGCUAUUAGACUGGUAUCGUUAGUUCACAAUGAAAAACGUUCUGUUCUUGUUCACUGUAGCGACGGCUGGGAUCGAACUGCGCAACGUAUUGGCCAUGGUGACAAAAGUGAUUCCGAACGAUCCCCAGUGUUUCUACAGUUUUUAGAUUGUACAUUUCAAUUACUUCAACAAUUUCCAUCUGUAUUUGAAUUUAAUGAAAAACUUUUGAUUACUAUUGCUGAUAAUUUAUACUCGUGUCAAUAUGGGACAUUUUUGCUCAAUUCAGAAAAAUUGCGAACAGAAAUGAGAGUUUCUGAACAUACAAUGUCAUUAUGGACGCAUGUUUUACGUGAAAGAUCGUUAUAUUUGAAUCCAUUUUAUAAUGAUAAAAUUGAAAAAGUACUUUUACCUAAUAAUGGAAUUAGACAAAUCAAAUUAUGGAAGAAUUAUUAUUGUCGUUAUGUGCCAGGUUUUAAAUCAAAUUUGGAUGCUGUUUCACAACGUUAUUCAACAUUAUUUUCAUUACGUAAAAAACUUACUGAUGAAUUAAAUGCUCUUCGUCAAGAUGAUGAAAUACAAGCAGCACAUAACAGAACUUCUUCAUCAAUGUUAAUGUCAAGUGGAACAUCCUCAACAAAUGUAGUUACAUCUAGUAAUUCACUGUCCUCUACAACAAGACAAAUACCUUCUGAUAUAUCAUCAAAAUCAUCUUCUAUUUCGACAGCUACGUUCAUGAAUUGA